CGCACGUGGCGCAGUUGAAAUACAGCGCGGACGCGCACGUUUGCGCAGCUUCCCGUGCGAAAGAGCGCUCGCGCAGCAUCAUGGCCUCCGCUGAAAUAGCCUUGCUGAGCGUGUCCGAUAAGACCGGACUUGUGGACUUUGCCAAACGCCUAGUGUCCGUUGGACUGUCCUUGGUGGCCUCAGGUGGCACAGCCAAAACCCUCCGUGAUGCGGGCCUGGUGGUCAGAGAUGUGUCUGAGCUUACUGGCUUUCCAGAGAUGCUUGGGGGCAGGGUGAAAACACUACACCCUGCAGUCCAUGGGGGCAUCCUGGCUCGCCAUGUCCCAUCUGAUAAAGCUGACAUGGAGAAGCUUGGCUUCAAUCUGGUGAGGGUGGUGGUGUGUAACCUGUACCCCUUUGUGAAAACUGUUUCUUCUCCUGGUGUAAUGGUUGAGGAUGCUGUAGAACAGAUUGACAUUGGUGGAGUGACACUGCUGCGGGCAGCAGCUAAGAACCAUGCCCGCGUGACCAUCCUGUGUGACCCUGCUGACUAUGAAAUGGUUGCUGCUGAGCUGGAGGGCUCUGAAGGCAGAGACACUACUCUGGAGACUCGGAAAACUCUGGCGCUGAAGGCCUUCACUCACACUGCCCAGUACGAUGAGGCCAUCUCAGACUACUUUCGCAGAGAGUACAGUGCUGGCAUCUCUCAGCUCUCCUUGCGCUACGGCAUGAAUCCUCAUCAAACACCUGCACAGCUCUAUACCCUGCGCCCUGCUCUCCCACUCAAAGUGGUGAAUGGCUCCCCUGGAUUCAUCAACCUGUGUGAUGCUCUGAAUGGCUGGCAGCUGGUGCGGGAACUGAAGCAGGCCUUGGGCCUCCCUGCUGCCACUUCCUUCAAGCAUGUGAGCCCUGCAGGUGCUGCUGUUGGUGUUCUGCUCAGUGAGGAGGCAGCUGCAGUCUGCAUGGUUAAAGACCUGCUCCCAGAUCUCAGUCCACUGGCCUCUGCUUAUGCCAGAGCCAGAGGAUCUGAUAGGAUGUCCUCCUUCGGAGACUUUAUUGCUCUCUCUGACAUCUGUGAUGUACCAACUGCCAAGAUAAUCUCCCGAGAGGUAUCGGAUGGAAUCAUUGCUCCUGGUUAUGAACCAGAAGCCCUGAAAAUUCUUUCUAAGAAGAAGAAUGGAAAUUAUUGUGUGCUUCAGAUGGACCCAGAGUACGAACCUGAUGAGAAUGAGGUGCGCAUGCUCUUCGGGCUGUAUCUGAAACAGAAGAGAAACGCAGCCACCAUUGACAGCUCCCUCUUCAGCAAUGUGGUCUCUAAGGGGGAGCUGGCUGAUAAUGCUGUGCGAGACCUGAUUGUGGCCACUGUGGCGGUAAAAUACACUCAGUCAAACUCUGUGUGCUAUGCCAAGGAUGGCCAGGUGAUUGGUAUUGGGGCAGGACAACAAUCGCGAAUCCACUGCACCAGACUGGCAGGAGACAAAGCUAAUAAUUGGUGGCUUAGACACCACCCUAAAGUCCUUUCCAUGAAGUUCAAAACUGGUGUGAAGAGGGCAGAAAUGGCCAAUGCCAUUGACCAGUAUGUGAGUGGGACAGUUGGAGAGGGACCAGACUUAGCUGUAUGGAAGGGUCUUUUUGAGGAAGUUCCUGAGCACCUCUCUGACACAGAAUGCAAGAACUGGAUCAGCACCCUGCAGGCUGUGGCCCUCAGCUCUGAUGCCUUCUUCCCUUUCCGAGACAAUGUAGAUCGGGCAAAGCAGAGUGGAGUUCAGUACAUUGCGGCGCCUGCUGGCUCCACAGCGGAUCAGGUGGUCAUCGAUGCCUGCAAUGAGCUGGGCAUCACCUUGGUGCAUACCAACCUUCGCCUCUUCCACCACUGAGGGCCUCACACUCAGCACACUGGUGGCUUUGCAUACUAGAAAAGCUGAGGGUCCAACAUGUUGAAAUCACUGUGUGCAGCACCUUGUUGCUGCUGUUAUUCUAUCACUACAUUCCUUGGCAUGUGUGUGCUAUUUCAUUCCCUUUGUACAUGCACCAAUUUGGUUACGAACACUUUGAAAUAAACAUGGUUAUAACCCAUUUAUGGAAGGAAUGUAGACUUUCUACAAACUACAGGUGUUUUGUAGCUGUGCUGAAAAUUAUGCUGCUUAGGAAAUUGAACUUGACUACUUACUAAGGCUGUUGAUUAAAUAUGCAUAAUUGCAAAUUGAUUUACUGUAGUAGUCUUUUGAGC